CCCUAAACAAUAAGGGAGUGGGACUACUUUAUACUGAAGAAAUAGUCCCUCUGAAAACUCCCGUCACUGUUUCUUCAAAGAGCCCACGCUCUUCAUUGUUUUUUUUAAACGUUCUAGUUUGCCAGUUGGCUUACCUCAUUCAGGUCAGUGUAACCAAGUGCUAUGGUAUGUUGAAUUAUUUAUUAUAUACAUACAUACAUUAUAAAAGCUUUUUGCAUGUAGACACACGUUACAGUCUACAAAAUGUGUGUGGCCCAUUGUUCUGAAAAGUUUGCAUAUAUACUGAAGUUUCCAUUUUGCCAACCUCAUUGUGGUUUACCUGUGAGUUGCCAUGUAUUAUCAUUUACAGUAUGUCUUGACUCAUUGGCUCUUUACAAAGUAAACACAUUUUCAAAACAAUUUUUUGCUGACACUUAGUUGAAAAACAGGUCAUGAGGAAGGUUGCUUCAAUGUGAAACAGCCAAUCAUGUUUAACAAGGUAAAUAUGGUGAACCAAUCAGACCUGACGGAUGUGCCCCAAAUGUAGGACAAGUUGUAAAUGAGUUAAGUCAGAACUGCUGCUGAGAAGAAGCCGGGCCAGUGAACGCAGAUAAAGAAGAUAAGAUGAUCCUGAACUUUGUGAAUGUAUUCCUGCUCUGGCCUUUGUGUGUGGCACAGACAGAUGACAUUUCUCAGCCGGUUCCUUUCCAAAUGGUGAAGAUUGGAGACUCGGCUACUAUUGAAUGUCACAUAAAAAGUAUCAUACAAAAGAGAGUCUGGUACAAAUACACGUUGGGGAAGAGACUACAGCUUGUGGUAGCAUUUCAUGAUAAAUAUAAUUGGAGUGAAAUGUCAGAGGAAUUUCCUAACCGUUAUUCAGCCAAAUUUAACGGAACCAAAAUCCACCUGAGCAUAUCUGCGACAACAUGGGAAGACGUUGGAACAUACUUCUGUGGAGUCGUGCAAUUAAAAGACAUCCAAUUUGGAUCGGGAACCUUUUUGAUGCUGAAAGGUGCAAACAUGUUCAGUGAGUCUGUCAUCCAGCAGCCAGAGUCAAAAUCAGUCCAGCCAGGAGACUAUGUGACCGUCAGCUGCUCACACACAGGCCACUGUGCAGCAGAACACACUAUUGUCACGUGGCUGAAGAGCUCUCAGCAUUCUGCUCCACAAAUGAUUUACUUCUCUGGAAAUGGGACCUGCCAGAGGAAAGAGAGUGGAAAAACAACCUGCGUUUACAGCCUUCUCCUGAGGGACAUCAGCUCUGAAGAUGCUGCAACCUACUACUGUGUCGUGACUUCCUGUGGACAGACACUGGUUGGAAAUGGGACCAGAAUUUAUAUUCACAACAAUGCUUUCGAAUCACAACUAAAUCCAACCAUUAUUGCUCUGAUGCUGUCCAACGUCGCUCUUGGGAUUAUGACAGUCAUCCUCAUAUCCACUCUUUGCAAGAGCCGGAGGAGAGACUCCACAGCGUCAACUGAUGGAUCUUCAGACGAUCAUCAAACUAGUGAUGCAGUUACCUAUACAGACCCCAGAAGCCUGCCCCGCAGACAAGCUGCAGUGAGAUACUGUGAAUGUCAAGGUUCUGUCCUAUAUUCAGACGUCAGACACUGUCAACCGAACCGAGAAGAUUCAUUUUAAGAAGGCGGACAACAAGAAAGAAUUAAGACUAUGGAGCAUGAAUGGAUUAUUGUAUAUGUCCUAUCAGAGUCGGCAGCAGACCUAAAUACAUGGGUGGGCAUUUGAUUUAUGGGGUCGGGCCCAAGGUAAAAAAAAUCUGUUUAUUGAUCGUGCUGAUUCAUUACCAGCAUAUCUCCCUAUCUACAGUAUACGUAACAUUAUGUGCAUCUUGAAGUUCACUGACCUGAAAACAACAUGGUUAAAGUAUAUUCCUAUUUAAGUAUUGAAAACACAAAUUAACCGGGGCAUUGGCGACAUCGGUCCAGCAGAAUGAUAAAGUAUAGUAACAACCGAAAUAUUGAAGCUGGACCCUCUGUAGGUUCAACAUUUUGAUUAAAAAAAAGCAAUUUUU